AUGAUCGUCUUUAAGCUUCUCUAUCACUUUUCAUCGAAUCCGAAGAUCGAGUUUAACUGGCAUCCGUUCUUUAUGACUAUUGGAUUUAUCUACUUGUAUGGGAAUUCUAUUCUUAUCUAUCGCGCCUUUUACACCCUGCGCAAGAAGACGCUGAAACUCAUCCACGCUUUCAUACAUAUGACUGCCUUCAUCCUCACUGUGAUUGCCCUGAAGACCGUAUUCGAUUCUCAUGAUUUUGCCAAUCCCUCAAUUCCCAAUAUGUAUUCGCUACACUCGUGA